GCCGCGUCGAUGUGCUCCCUUUUGAGGCUGUGCCAAGGAGCCGCAUUCGCCUGCGUGGUAGCCCUUGCCAAGCUGGUGCGUGCUCACGGCAUGGUGACACGGAGAGGGAGAGAGAGAGAGUCAGGGUUCGUGCCCGCUUCUCCUCAACAGCGAAGACCGCUCGCAUGCCUGGUACUGUAUGCGUGGCAGCCUACUCAUACACCGAAUCAUUGCUUACACUCGCCCAGUGCUUCCAGAGAUAAACAUGCAGACGCUCUCGCAUCGUGUGAUGCGGCAACAUGACGUUCCUGAUGGUCUUCGCCGUGACUCUCUCGUGCCUUGCUUGCUUGCCUGCUCUCCACAUGCUGGCUGAUCAGGGUCCAUCGAUGCUCGAUGCUGAAUGCUCAUGCUCUCUCCCUUCCAGGCCAAUCACUCAAUGUGAAUGGUCAUCAUGCAGUCCGCGCCGUGGUCUGCUCAUUCGCGGCCAUUCGUUCCGUCGGCGUGCAGCAUGACUAUGGGUGCUGGGCAGAAGUGAGGGGACUCGACUGCGCUGGGCUGCACUACCGAAUC